UGCGGGCGGCUGGCUCUCACGUCGGGAUCUCCCAUCUUCAGACAUGGGAGUGGGACCAAGGACAGCAGUCUUCAAACAUGGGACCACCGAUCUUCAGACAUGGUCCCACUGUGACAGGGCCAUGUCCCGCAUGGUGGACGGACUGCGGUGCAUAGGUUGUAGGCCUACUAGGGUGCAUGUGGUGCUCUGCUGUCCCAUCCCAGAGAUGGUUGCUGGUGUUUCAGAGAGACUAGGAGCCAACCCUCGCAGGGAUGCUGACAGCGUCAUCAUCAUGCAAAACCACUUCUGCUGUUUAAAAAGCCUUCAGUGGCGACGACAGCUCAGAAGUCAGCAAGUCACUGGUCUCUUACAGUGAAUGGGUCAUGGGAUACUGGGAACUGGUCGUGGUCCUGCUACUGUUGGAUGUUAGAGUUCAGGGCCAGAAUGCAGAAGAAGUACUUCAACUGUGCCAAAGCAAGGAGGUCCCGUUCCCCCUGGAUGGAAGUGCCUCAGAUCCCGUUGUUGUAGAAGGAUGUAUUGGCACAAGGCUAUCCUUAGUAGGCCUUCCAGCAGACUCCGUCUGCUCCCUUGACAAUGGAGUGGUCGAAGUAGUGACUCUGGACAGGAGUCCUCCCAAGGUGCUGCUCCACCUGACGGGCAAUACCACUGGGAUCUAUACAGUGAAGUGCACAUGGGGCAACGGGUCCCACGCCGCGCUGACCCUCAAUCUUACCAUCCUGAAACGUCCCUCGCCGCCCAGCUUUGAUUUCAUUAAAAAAGGUGAUCAUCGUUCGCCUGAGAUCAAGUGUGUCUCGGAUAGCAACCCCAAAGCGACCGUCAUGUGGUACACCAGCCUCCAAGCAUCCGGGAAAGAAUACUCGGAGAAUCCGAUCAAAACUUCAGAAGACGCAUUUGUCAAUAAGAAGUUAAUGUGCUGUGCUGCCAACGCCAUAGGGACAGAAUGCACUCAGCUAUACGACUAUGACAUGGACUCCGAAAGCCCGGUAGGUGUGGAGCAGCAGGAGGUGAAGGAGGUGGUGCUCAGCCCAGGCCAGUCCCUGCUGCUGCGCUGCACGUCCAAGUACAUCGCCCCGCAGUGGUUGAGCAAGGGCAGAGGACCGGAGAUCACCACCAAGUUGGAUAAACAUGGGGGAUUUCAGAUGGCCUACCUAUACUUCAGGUCAUUGACGCUGGAACAAACCGGCACAUACACUUGUGGCCCAAAAAAAACCAUCUCCGUCCAAGUCCUGGCCGAAAGACUUCCAUCAGUCAGUCUGGCUCCAACCAAUAAGACCAUUUCGGCCAAAGAGGCCAUGAACUUCUGCUUGCAAGCCACCAUCUCCUCCCACCCUUUGCCUGACUACUGUGCGUGGGAAAGCCCGGACGGGAGAUGGAGGGACUGUGGAGGUCCCUCCUGGAGGAACAGGACCAGGCAGCUGUGCGACCACAUGAGAUCUGGGGAAUAUAAGUUACACCUGGAGGUGGACCGUCGGAGAUACCCCCACAAGAUGAAAUUGUGUGUGGCAGAUAAACCUCAGUUCAACUGCCAGAGGCUUCCUAACAUUUUGUGGUGUGAGACAGUGAGUCCUGUACCUACAAAUGUCUCUUGGAGGUCAUGCCAGGAGCCCAACGAUUCCAACUGUACGAUUUUCCAACAGGAGAAGGUGGAGGAGGUGCUGUUCUGUGAGACCAGGAUCAACCGCUCCCUGAUGAUCGAUAAGGUGCCUCCCAAUCACUUUGCUCAAUUCUGCCUCACCAAUGCAUUUGGAUCCUGGUGCAGUGAUGCAAAGUACAGAACUCUGCCGAGUCCAGCAGAGGAGCUCAUCGGUCGCGAGAACCCAGGGUCUGAGCUCAAAAUAGGCAUUCUGGUCCUGUUGGUCGCCUUGAUAUUGAUUGGCAUGCUGUUCCUUUACAAUAUCAGAAAAAAGCCGCGGUAUGAGAGCCAACUACAGAUGAUCCAGAUAAUGGGGCCCAAUGAUAAUGAUUAUAUUUACAUCAACUUCAAGGACUUCCAGUACGACCAGAAAUGGGAGUUUCCAAGGGAGAACCUGCAACUGGGUAAAGAGCUGGGAUCCGGGGCCUUCGGCAUGGUGGUCCAGGCCACGGCAGUGGGCUUCGGCCCUCAGGGCAACUCUCAGGUGGCUGUCAAGAUGCUCAAAGAGAAACACCAGACGGUGGAGAAAGAGGCGCUGAUGUCUGAGCUGAAGAUGAUGACUCAGAUAGGUAACCAUGACAACAUAGUCAACCUGCUCGGGGCAUGCACAGGCACAGGGCCUGUGUAUCUGAUCUUUCAGUUCUGCUGGUAUGGAGAUCUGCUGAACUAUCUGAAGAACAACAGAGAGUGCUACCAUAAGUCUCUCACUGACGCCUUCAACAAGGACCGCUUCACCAGCCUCUACCACAACCUGCAGUCCAAUGGGGACUCCAGCGAAUUCCAGAUACCAGUGGAAAACUACGUGCAUAUGCACCCUACCACCACUGGGGGGCAGGAGAACCUCGCCCUCCUCAACCUCACAGAUGACGGCAUGGAUAAGGGGUCGGGGCAGCAGGCGGAGGAGCUGGAGGGGCUGACCUACAAUGACCUGCUGAGCUUCGCCCACCAGGUGGCCAUGGGCAUGGAGUUCCUGUCCGCCAAGAACUGCAUCCAUCGAGACCUGGCGGCCCGCAACGUCCUGGUGACCAAAGACCGGCUGGUGAAGAUCGGGGAUUUCGGCCUCGCCCGGGACAUCGACCACGACUCCAACUACGUGGUGCGAGGAAACGUGCGUCUGCCAGUGAAGUGGAUGGCUCCAGAGAGCAUUUUCCAGGGCAUGUACACCAUGAAGAGUGACGUCUGGGCCUACGGUAUCCUCCUGUGGGAGAUCUUUUCACUGGGGGUCACCCCGUAUCCUGGGGUGAAGGUGGACAACAAGUUCUACUCCAUGAUUGAGAGAGGCUUCCAGAUGGAGUGUCCGUACUACGCCGGGGUCUCUGUGUACAGGGUGAUGUGUAAGUGCUGGAGCCUGGAGCCCAGUGACCGCCCUGCGUUCUCCAAGCUGGGGGCCUUCAUGGAGGCCCAGCUCACCAACAUGGAGGAGAAGCUGUAUCAUAAUACUGCAGAGGAAGGUUCCAGUGACUACAUGAAUGCGUCAGCCAUCUUUGAUAGUUCCUCCCCACUGAUGAAAGAGAAGGCAGCUCCGGGGCCGUCUUCACAAAACGACUACUGUCAGACCGCAGAGUAGAACCCAUGAGAGGGCUCCAGCACAAAGAAUUCAUAUGUCAUUAUGUGUCUUUAGUUUGUUAGAAGUCUCUUCCAGGAAGUAUCAGUUAGUCUUCUGAACUUAAAUUGCCUAAUGGUAAAGUUGAAUGUUUUUUUUUGCCAUGAUUAAAGUAUGGUUGUGCAUUAUUUGUGGUUGCCAUCGUGAUAACAUUGAUAUAUAUUGUAUUGUGCCUAUCAGAUACUUCCAGGCUUUCUGCAGCUAUAGAAAGUCCAACCGCUAAUUCUAGAUUUUUUUUAUUUUGUUCUGCUGGGUCUCUGUCAUAUAGCUCCCACACUUUGCUUUUUCUCUGAAAUGUGAUUUGAUAGCUGCACAUUAUGGAAGAUAUUUCUCAAAGCAAACAAUUCCGUAACUUCCAAUAUUUGUAUUCCAUGUAUCCUGUGUUUUUUUUACUGAAAUAAAGGUUGUUUGUUCGAAUAUUUCCUCGUCAUUCUAAGAAAAGCUUUAGCUACCAACAGCUUGUCUGUGCCCUAGGGGGCGGCGGAGGGGCUUCAUUAUUUGGUAUCGCUUUUGUGUUUAUGUUGUGCUUUGUGUUCUUUUCGUGUUAACCCAUACCAUUUUUUAUUUUUAUGUUUGUUAAUUGUUUUUUAUGGUAGGCCUACAUUAUGCUUCAAUUAUAAUUAAAU